CCUUCUUUCGCUCCCAUUAUUUUCUUCACGUUUCUGUCUGAAUUCUCAUGUUCUGCUGCAACCUACCUCAGCUUGCUCCUUCUCAAAAGUUAAAUCAUUUUUUUUUUCUUAUCUUUGAUUUUUAAGUCUUCUGGAUUUACAUAUUCGAGAGCAAUAAUAUACCUGUGAUUCUGGUAGUGAUCGAAGCAAGGAUGCGCAAUUCUGCACAGCUGAGACAUGAAUUCUUAAAGGCAUGGAUAAAGAGUCUGAAAAUAUACAGUAACCUCAAGAAGAACAUGAGCAUUUCCCACAGGAAAAACGCUAUAAAGCUAUCUGCAGAUGUUGCAAUUGCUUCGAUAACCCAGAAAGCCAAACCCUCAGCCUCAUCACACAGAUGGACCCAAUCCCUUAUGGCAGAUGCUGCGUCAAGUGAUGAUGGAACUAACAGAAUCUUCGUUGAACAAACACUGGGCUACAAAUUGGGCAAUCGGAAAAAAUCCCCGACAACCGGACUUAUGACCAAAUGCAGCAAGAAGAUUUUGAGAAAUAAUAUUCGCGUUUUUCUUGGUAAAUCAAGAAAAAGAACGACUCCCAAGCAUGCGAAAGCGGGCUCGAUUAUAGCUAAUAAAGGGGUGGAGAAGAGAACACGGUUGCUUAAACGACUGGUGCCCGGGGGAGAAGAUAUGGACGAAAUAUCUCUCAUGGAAGAAGCCUUAGAUUACAUUGCCUUACUUCAAGUUCAAAGGGAUGUCCUGAAGCAGGUAGCUGCUGUUGCUGAGUCUCUCAGAAACUUAAAAAGUGUAAAUUAACUCCUAGCUAGGUGUUCAAUGGAUCUGCAUAAUUAUUAAACUUAUAUUAUGUGUGUAUGCACGAUGAUCAGACCAUUAAGGUUAUUCAUGUCAGCGAUCACUACCAAAAAAAGGUCUUUUCGUAACGGGCUAAUGUUCCAUAACAAUAAUCUCGUCAUAAAAAGU